AUGUAAUGAUAAAUUGGGAGUAAUAUAGAGUUUAGAAAAGGAGUUAAGUACAGAGUGUAUAUAGGGAAGGGAAAAAGAAGCUCAAGAGUUGCGAGUCAUCCAAUUUCAUUUUGGUCGCUUACGCUCACGCAGUGUUUCUCUCUUCUUCGAUUCGAUCUUCCACUCCCAAUGGCAACCCCUAUCGACAACAACCCACCACAGGAAAACCCUAACAAAACCCUAGACCCCACCGACCCUAAACCCGACCCUCUGGCAGAUCCAAUCCCCACCGUCAACGACGCCGACGCCGCCGACUCCAAGACCAUUCCCUCUGAUGCCGGCAACGACGCUCCUCUUUCCGAUGUUCAAAAGAAGAUGCGCCGCGCCGAGCGAUUCGGCAUUUCUGUUCAGUUGUCCGAGAAAGAGAAGCGUAAUUCACGAGCUGAAAGGUUUGGCACUGGGUCCGCAUCUCAGGGAUCAGAGUCAUCAAAAUCGGAGGAGCUAAAGAGAAAGGCUAGGGCUGAGAGGUUUGGGAUGCCUAGUCCAUCUACAGCUUCAGAUGAGGAAGCAAAGAAGAAGGCUCGGCUUGCUAGGUUUGCACCCGUUUCCAAAACCGAUCCUUUAGAAGAAGAUAAAAGGAAAGCAAGAGCUCUCAGGUUUUCUAAUCCAUCACCAACUUCUCUAUCUCAAGUCAAUGGCGAGGGAAAGCUUGAGCCGGUAAGACCCUUCAGAAUUUGGUCAUUUGGUCACUUUAUAAUCCAUCAUCAUAGUUUUGUGUUGACUGUUCUGUUUCAAACAAGAAGGCAGCUAUUGCAGGCAAAGCUGGAGGAGGGACCUGAAUGACAGCUGCAUCUUUAGCUGUAGGAAAGUUUUUUUUUAGUUUUUAGCAGUUCAAGAUUUGCAGAGUGGCCUCCAUACCGAUUCUACUUUUCGUCAUAUUAAUCUCCAGAUGCAUCUAUAUUUCAUGGUUUACUGUUCCCUUGCUCUCAAUGAUGGAAAAGAUUCAACUGGUCUGAAGAAGCUUGCUUUUAUUUUUCUAUUGUUGGCUUAAUAGGUGACACCUUUGGGGUAAUUAACGGCCAUCUUCAUAGGGUACUUACCUUAAAAGCAAAGAUUUGAAUUUUGGAAUCUACAGCCUAAAAAAGAACAAUGAACUAAGGUAUGCUGGAACAAUGGUUUUUAUCAAUUUCUUUCAUCCUUAUCACUGCAAUUCACCAACACACUGUCUCUAAUCUACUGCUUUGGAAAUGCCCUUAUCAUUGUGCUAAAAGGUAAUAUCAAUUUGGUUUUGUUGAUCCAACAUCUUGCUGAUCCAGAAUCUGUUAAUGUUAGGAUAGGUUUUGUUGCAUAAUUUGUCUUUGAGGAGUGAUGAUUAAAUGAGGAAAUAGGCGUUCAAAUAGAAUAGCUGCAUAUAGAAUGAACUUGUUUCUGCUUAAUGCUUAACAAUUUUUGGGCUGGGGGGGGGGGGGUUGGAGGUAGAACUAGCAUCAUUUCGUUGUCAUCAAUAUCAAUUAUGUUGGUUCACUUUUCUAUUUUGCUUUUCCAAUGGUUAUACAUCUAAAUUCUCAUUGAUAUGGUGUGGGUUUGAGAUGCUAUAGAUCUAAUUUCUCAUUUCAUAACCUACGUUUAACCUCAUUGCCACUUUCAGAGUUCUAUCGUGUUUAGGUUUUAUUUUAAAGUAGAUAUUAAAGCACAUCGCAUGGAUGAGAAGCAUGUUUCUUGAAAACUGAAUCAAUAGACUGCGUUUUGGUGCUUUUUGAAAUGUAUCACGUUUAGUGUAUUGCUGUUGCACGACUUUACUGGAUCAGCAAGGAUGUUGAAGCUCAAGUUCCUGGUACUAUCUUUUGGCACUGAUGAAAUAUUAUGGGUGAAUAAUGGUAAGCUGAAUGUUUCAAAUGAAAAGUCAAGUGGUGUGGCUGAAUUCUGUAAAUGUUUUCAAGUCGGAUUUAAAACUCGGUUUAUUUCCAAGGCUGUAGCUUCCAAUUUUUAUUAUCUUUGCUGUCGCCUUAAGAUAAGUGAACCCUUUGAAGAUGUUUGGCAGUUUACUUAGUUGCCAAAAUUUAGGAUUGUACAUUUGUAGGACUGGAUGUGGAGGGCGAACUCUGUACUUCUUUGCUUUAUUAUCUUGUAAUUUAUUUUUUUGCUUCUGUUUGGACCAAAGUUUGUAGAAUGUGGAUAUAUUCUGUUUCUCGGGUUAAAAUAUUUUGCCUAGCUAGUUUUAUGCAAGGACUUCAUGCGAUUCA